AUGGAAGCUCUCGCCGCUUCCCACCAACACCACCUUCCUCUUCCUCUCCUUCAGUCGCCGCCACAAAUUUCCUCUUCCCUUCUUUCUUCUUCUGGCCAGAACUGGAGUUUUGCCAGCGCCACCAAGCGGCCGCGCUCGUCCUAUUCAUCGUCAUUGGGCAGUAACCCAUUUCCAAACCCCAAACUAGUUCUUCCGUCCUCCUCCUAUUCCACCGUCAGAUGCGGUGCCUCUUCUUCGUCUUCCGCAAUUACCCAGAUUACAGAGGCCGAGUUCCCGUCGGUUGUGCUCAGCUCCGACCGCCCGGUCCUCGUCGAGUUCGUUGCUAAUUGGUGCGGCCCUUGUCGCUUGAUCUCUCCCGCCAUGGAAUGGCUCGCUAAGGAAUAUGCUGACACAUUGAAGGUUGUGAAGAUCGAUCACGACGCGAAUCCAAAGCUAAUAGAAGAGUACAAAGUCUAUGGAUUGCCCGCUUUGAUGCUCUUCAAGGACGGACAGGAAGUGGCCGGGAGCCGGAGGGAAGGUGCUAUUACAAAGGCGAAGCUCAAAGAGUAUGUCGAUUCACUCUUGGACUCCAUCUCAGUUGCAUAGUAACUUACUUACAGCUAUAGCAAGUAGUAGCUUAUGAUGAAACCCGUCCUUUCUUCCCACUUGGCUUGUGGCAGAAGAAUGAAUUUUUGCUCUAUUCUUUGUUGUGGAUAUCUAUAUAACUGUGUCAAAAUGCUGCUAUAAUUGAAUGAAAUGGAACCCCUUGUUUUCAAAUGGGUUGUGGCUUCCAUAAUCUUGA